AUGAAGAAGAAGAGAGCCGAGGCUGCCAGAGCCGAGCCAGGGGACACUAGCCCUACUUCCAGCUCCAAAAUCUUCCGUACCGGCGUGUGCUCGCGACCCGACCGGCCACCGGUCAUUCCCCCCUCCCUUACGCUCUGCAACGGCACGGCGCCUCACGCAGAGCCGUCUGAGAGGCCGAGGCCGAAGAAGCGGAAGAGAAACGCGAUGGAAGCGCUGCUUUCCCGUGCGGAAGAGGCAACUCGGAGCUUCUCCCAGGUGCCAGAGGGCCCGACAUGGCCGAAGGUAGCUGCCAUCGGUCAGGAGCAAUUCGCCCGCGUGCUGGAGCUUGCCAAGGCAACCCUUGAUGUGAACAAGGCACAGCAGCUUGCUAGUGCAGCUGCUGCGGCGCUGAGGCUGUCUUGGGCCAUUGGCCUCGCAGAGCCUACGAAAGGCGCGGAGGUCGAGUGGCGGCGCUUCUUGGAGGACAAGCUGCAAGAAGCGCUCCAGUUGCUGGCAGGAGCAGAGGCGGAGUGGGCCUACGCCUUGAACGCCUUCCGGGUGCCCAAAACGGGCUCCCUCGAAGCGCUUCUUCGGCACCUGGACUCCUUCGACCAGCUUCUGCUUCGACUUUGGGCGCGCUCAGGUGGUUCAGCUGCUCUACACCCUGCCGAGCUUUCGGAAGCAUCCUGCGCCUACCACCUGCAACGCAAGGACCUCAAAGCCGCCAUGCAAUCCCUGGCCUCGGGCACCCCGCGCGCCCUGAAGCUCUCGCUGCUGUGGGGCUUCCGCAAGGCCUGGCUGCGAAGGGGCGCCGGCCGCACGUGGAAGCCCGCUCCGUGGCCUCUGCGCUACCUGCGAGCACGUUGGCUGGAGGCCAGCUGCCUGGUACAUGGGCACGGGCAUGCCCUGUCUCAGAAGCAGAAGCUUCAGAAGGCGGCUUUGAGCUGGCAGCUGGCAGGCAGAGAUGCCUCUGCCAGAUGUCACGGCUUUGCAGUGCCGACGUUUGGAGCCCUGAAGCUUCUGAGCAAGUGCUCCGCCGGAGGGCUCGUGGAGCUGGGCGCCGGUGUGGGAUAUUGGGCUGCUCUCCUCCGGCGCAGGGGCGUCGAUGUGGUGGCGCUGGACAUCGACCCGCCCUCCGGGGCGCAUGGAAGCGCAGGCGAGUCCAAGGUGACCUUUGGGGACGCCUCUUCUCUGAGGGAGCUUUCCUGCGAGGCGCUGCUGCUCUGCAUGCCACCUCCGGGGGAAGCUGACUGUGCGGAUCAGGCCUUGAAGAACUUCCGUGGGAAGUACGUGGCUUACGUGGGUGAGUGGUGCACCGGCAUGACGGCCACACGGUCCUUCCACGAGAGCUUGCAGUCCCGCUAUGUGCUGAAGCACCGGAUCCCGCUGCCCUGCUACCCCAGCAUGCGCGCAGAGUGUUACUUCUUUCGGAAGCGAAGCUGCAGGGAGGGGAGGGAGAAACCCGCAUCCCCUGAGCCCACAGAGCUCUGGGCCUGUGAUGCAUGCCAGGGGAGGGCUCCUCUGUACCUGUGCCCGGCAACCCGCUACUGGCGACUCUGCUCGGAAAGCUGCUACGAGGCACUGAAGGACGACCAGGCCGCCCUGCUCAGAAUCGUGUUCUGCGGCCUGGAAGUGGAGGUGCCGGCCUGGAGCGCCUGGGCGAGCCUGAGUUGGCUGGGCGAGGACUCGGCGAGAGGCCAGCAGUGGGAUGCACUGAAGCGGGCGACGCCGCAACCAGAGAUAGCCGGCUGGCUGAGCAGCACGGCCAACCUCAGCUGA